AUGACUGGCCAAGCCUUUCAAUCAAGAUCGGAAAUACAUGUGUUGAAGCCCAUUGAAGCAGCCCUCCCCAAGUCACAUUCGCAACGGGAGCAUGGCGAUGAAUGGCCGCCGCAUGUCCUAGGAAACGGCAAAGCUCAUCUCCAUUUCUUCAAUACUCGGACUGAAGUAUACACGACCUAG